AAUUAUCAGACAUCGAUCAGAAAGAUGUUUUUCUUGAGGCAAAACAUCUCAAAGCAACAGCAUGCGAGCAGCGAAGUCGCACCAAGAACCGUCGCACGAAAGUGCAACUCCGACGAUUCAAAGAGGCCGUUGCGUCGGAAGACGAGUUGCGUUGAAAAUCUAUCCUCUGUUGAUCGGAUUCGCAAACAUGCAAUCAGACAUUUGGGCUACAGCACGCUCAGCCUGGCCAUGCGAGGUCUGGAGGAGAUGCCCGAAGAACUGUGGGAACUCCAAGAGCUCCAGAAGCUCAACCUCUCCUUAAACGCGCUGCCGCUUUUACCAUCAGGCCUUGGGAAUCUGGAGAACCUGGUGGUUCUUAAUCUGUGGGGGAAUGAGUUAGUGGAGCUCCCGCCUGAGAUCGGACGGCUCGGGAAUCUACGAGUGCUUUUCGCCCACAGGAACCGGUUACACGACGUCCCGGAGGAGCUCGGAGACUGCUCCAACCUCGAGGUCUUGAGUCUGGCCAAUAACCAGAUCAGCACGCUUCCCAACAGCCUGUCCAACAUGCGCAAACUCGCCAAGCUCAACCUCAGCCACAACCGCAUCCAGCUCAUCCCGGCCUGCGUGUACAGCAUGAAGAGCCUCGUGUUCCUACAUCUGGCCAACAACCAGCUGGAGAACCUCGCAGAUAAGAUCCAGGAGCUGGUGAACCUCAAGAUCCUGAUCGUGGAGCAGAACUCGCUUCACACGCUUCCCAGGACGCUGUGUCGUCUGACGGGCCUGGAGCUCCUCAACGUGGACUUCAACAAUCUGCAAAGCGUUCCUGAUGAGAUGUUCAUGCUGAGGCGCCUGGAGAAGCUCGCUUGCCAUCCUCUGGAUAAAGGCCUGCAUAUCGUCCACAAUCCACUGCUCAAGCCCAUUAAAGAGGUUCUGCAAGGAGGUCUGAAAGCCCUUUAUAGCUACCUCAAACCUGCAUGACGAUAAAUGGUGACAUUGGGGGAUUACUAGGUUAUGUUU